UAGAGCUCGUGGUUGACGACGUUGAAAUCAGCAGCAGCGCAGUGUUGAUCUGACAUUAAACGUAUUUCCUCUCUCAAAGUAGAGAAGAGGCCUUUACCGCGAUAAAUUUCUGUAUAAUAUUCUUUAGGCUGCUGUGAGUCUUUCCUCUGAAAAAUGCCGCGCGGUAAAUUUGUCGGUUAUAAAGGCCGGAGUCGUCAUUUCACUAACCCCGAGGAACUCGAGGAGCAACGACGCCAGGAGGAAAGAAAACUCCAGUGGAGAAAAAACAAAGGAAAGGAUAGCUCUAGUGAUGAAGAGGAUGAACCUAAAGCACGAGGUUACUCGUCUAAAACUUCUAGUUCUUCAGGAACAGAUAGUGAUAGCGAAACAGACUCAGAAUCUGAAACUGAGGUCAAGACAAAGGGUGUAGAAAACUUAAUUCAAGUUGAAAAUCCGAAUAGAGUACAAAAGAAAGCAAAAAAAUUAUCUCGAUUAAAUCAAUCUUUAGACUCUGCAAAACCAGAUUUAUCUCGGAGAGAACGAGAACAACUAGAAAAGCAGAGAGCUUAUGCGAAUUAUCAAAAACUGCAUGCGGAAGGUAAAACGGAAGAAGCUCGCGCGGAUCUAGCACGAUUAGCCAUAAUUAAACAGCAACGAGAGGAAGCAGCGCGAAAACGAGAAGCGGAAAAGAAGCAGAAGGAGCUUGCUCAGCAAAGGAAAACAGAAUUUACGCAAAAAGCACUUGGCAAAAAAUCAUAGAAUGUUUGAACUUGUGUCAAUUAAAACACACUUUAUGU